GAAGAAGAAGAAGAAGAAGAAGCUACGCGAGAUUUACGUGACGGCUAACGUGAAAUAGCUUGCUUUGACAACCACAGUGACUGACACCGGUCGUGGUGAUCCACUUCCAGCUGCGAACGUCCCUUCGUUGGUGUCUAAGUCAUUGAGAGAAACUUUAAAGCUAACCAUCCACAGAGGAGUCUUGUCUGCCGGCUUGAAGCGCCCUCACCGCCCCUCGGACUGCCCACGGCUCUCGUCCUUUAACCGGCCAGCCUCAUCCAGCCCCACUGUGGAUCUUUAGACCCAACGGCAGGACAGUGGCAGAGGCGGAGCCAGAGCCAUCGGGGACCAGACCAGCAGGCAGAAGGGCUCCAUGAGUGCCACGGGGCAGCAGCAGCAAGCGGGGGGCCUGCGUUCUCGCCGAGGCCUUGGCCGGGACAAGGACCCUGGGCAGGGCAUGGGCAUGGAGGCGGCCUGCUGGCUGGCCCCCGGGGUGCUGCGCAGGCUGAUCGAGUUGCCCUCACCCCCCCUGUCCCGACACCAGCUCAAGAGACUGGAGGAGCACAGGUACAGCAGUGCAGGACGCUCCCUGCUGGAGCCUCUGAUGCAGCGCUACUGGGAAUGGUUGGUGGGACGGGUCCCUUCCUGGAUUGCUCCCAACCUCAUCACCAUCAUCGGCCUGGCCACCAACGUCUUCACCACCCUCGUGCUCAUCUACUACUGCCCAACUGCCACUGAACAGGCUCCUCUCUGGGCGUACCUGCUGUGUGCUGUGGGCCUGUUCAUCUACCAAUCAUUGGACGCCAUUGACGGGAAGCAGGCCAGACGCACCAAUAGCAGCUCUCCGCUGGGCGAGCUGUUUGACCACGGCUGUGACUCCCUCUCCACCGUGUUUGUGGUGUUGGGAACCAGUAUAGCAGUGCAGAUGGGCACCAACCCGGACUGGAUGUUCUUCUGUUGCUUCGCCGGGAUGUUCAUGUUCUACUGUGCCCACUGGCAAACAUACGUGUCAGGAACGCUGCGCUUCGGCAUCAUUGAUGUGACUGAGGUGCAACUCUUCAUAAUAAUCAUGUAUUUGCUGGCCGCCGUGGGAGGAUCUGCUUUGUGGCAGUCAAUGAUUCCGAUCCUAAAUAUCCAGAUGAAAAUGAUUCCUGCCAUCUGCACUUUUUUAGGAGCCAUCUUCUCCUGCACCAAUUACUUCAGAGUUAUUUUUACAGGAGGUGUGGGCAAAAACGGAUCCACAAUAGCAGGAACCAGCGUCCUCUCUCCAGUUUUACAUAUUGGUUCAGUUAUAAUUUUGGCGAUGAUGAUAUACAAGAAGUCUGCUGUCCAGCUCUUCGAGAAACAUCCAUGUCUUUAUAUCCUGGCGUUUGGCUUUGUCUCGGCCAAAAUCACCAAUAAAUUAGUUGUAGCACAUAUGACAAAAAGUGAGAUGCAUCUCCACGAUUUAGCCUUCCUGGGACCAGGACUACUGUUCCUGGAUCAGUAUUUCAAUAGUUUUAUUGACGAGUACCUGGUGCUGUGGAUUGCAUUGAUCAUUUCCUUCUUUGACUUGGUGCGUUACUGUGUCAGUGUUUGCAACCAGAUUGCCUGCCAUCUUCACAUUUUUGUUUUCAAAAUCAAGCCUUGUUCAGUGCUCAAUUCAGCGCCUCACUGAGGACACACCGGCCAUUACUGACUCUGUCCCUUUCCCGUUAGUCGCACUCAUCUUUUCUGCCCUCUGUCUUCCACGACGCAGGGGAUGACCUGGUGUAAAAGUAUGUGCUUCUGCCAACUGAAUGUGAGGACAAAUAAUAUAUAUUAAGUUACUGGAGUAUUACUGUCAUUGUUUUCUUUUUCACCAGUGCAGAAUUUGAAUUUGUACCCGUUUUCAUCUUUGGCACCAGUAAUGAGCAUUCUCUUUCUGACAAACUCAUGAGCAAAUAUUUCAGGAGAGUACAGGUGCUACUCGCUAUGUUCAAGGAGAGCAACUCAAAUGUCUUUUAACUGUUUGUGUGCAAAGAAAAUGUAUAGGAAAUCAAACUAUUUGCUUUUCACAAUUAUAAUUUUUUAAACAUUUGCAUAACUUUACCUUUUGUUAUUGUAAAUACCAAACUGUUAUACUGUCUGUGCGUUUUCGCUUAAGUUAAAAAUCCUGUUUUGACACAUUUAUAAACCUUCAUGUAUAUGAUUUUUUUAAACAACUCUAUCUCCUGCCCAUUACACAAAACUGUGCAACUGAUCAGCAAAAAUGUGGUUUUGGAGGAAACUUAAUGCCGACUUCAGAAUGUUGUCAUUGAACAAACCUGCAAAAUAUUCACUGCCAAUGUUUCUUUAGUUUGUCAACUGAAACCACUUGGUUAAAACAACACAUGGGAUUUUAAUCUCUGGGUAGGGAUUUUGUGUGCAUUUAUUGUCACGUGCAAUGUUAUUUGCUAAUAUAUUCCUCGUGACGGUUUGGUUAAUGCUUAAUGGAGUUAGGCUUCCUCUACACUUUUAGUCACUUUUAUAAUGCACAACAGAGAAACACAGCCACAAUCAGUUUUUUGUUCACACAUGUAAACAAAAAAUAUCUAAACUCAAAGGUCCACUUGCUAGCAUUCAGAGCUAUGCAGAUGUGGAUGAAAGGUCUGAAAGCUAGUAAGAAGGUCUUUGAGGUCAAGAAGGAACUUCGAUGCUCAGAUUUUCACACAUUUUGAUAGAAAAAAAAAAGAGAGAUAUUUUUCACUCCACCAGCGGCCGCACUACUUUCUGUCACUUCACAUUGUCUGUUACACUCCACCUGGUAUUAUGCUAUAUUUAUCUCAUUGUCAACAAAUCCCAUGAAAAGACCAAAACCAUAUUGUUGGUUUUGGUUGGGAACUGUUGAGCAAAAGAAAAGUACAGAAUAUCACCAGACUUCUCCUCUUAAAAUGAAUGACUCCCUGCCGCCAUGAUGCUUAUUUAAGUUUACAUCACACUCCUUCCUGUGUUGCUGGUGGAUACCGCCACUUAAGUGAACCAGCGUUUUUAAAAUGUGUCCAUUAUUAACAUUGUCUGGUCGACACAUUGUGUUUCCCCCAAAACGACAUGCUGUACAUGGUGGAAGCGAAACGGGUGCAGGUGGCCUAAAUGAGGUCGCAACAAUGACGUCACAGUUUUUAAGGUGGUGACUGGCGAGACUCUGAUCAAUUUUUUAUUUUUUUUUUUGUCCCUGACAGUUAAUUAAAAAAAUGUUUUUAUUUCAAGUGGCUGCUGCUCACUCCGCCUCCACAUCUAGCAACAUCAUCUGAUGCUGAGUGGGUGUUUAAUGUCGCUGCUUCUGAACAGAACCUGUGCUGAUGUAUUAAUGUUGAGAACAUGUUUGUUCUUGACAGAGAUUAUAGUUUUUUGCUUUUGCAUAUUGUGCCUGUUUGUUUUUGUCGAACAGCUCCGUUUGCAGACGCUUUAUUAAGCCGCUAAUUUGUUUAAAAUGUUUAAGAAGAUCAACGAUGCCAAGUGUUGAGCGUCAUUAAUUACAGCAGCUUCAUACCUUUGUCAGUGUCUGAACUGAAGUUCACGUUCAGGGUGGGUUGGUUGCAAUCUGAACGCUGUU